UAUUUCUUAUCUUCACGAAUGUUUCGCCACAAUUUACAGCAAAAAGACAGGCGAUAACCAAUCUUACAGAUGCUUGGAUCUACGAUGCACAGGAUGAUAUGUACUCUCACAACAUGUUUGAUACUCGCAACAUUCUCGACGUCCACGAUUGAUGGCCAAACAUGGAAUGGUACCCGAGACCUCCUUGGGCGGCUAAUGGACGGCUACGACCGCCGCAUUCGACCCGUCCGAAACCAGAGCCAUUCCGUUCAUAUACGCGUUAACUUCGAACUAUACACAUUUAAGGAAAUUGACGAAAUCAGCGGAACGUUUUCGGUAGCCGGGAAUCUUGAACUAAUUUGGCGGGACGAAAACCUAUCCUGGGACCCGAGCAAACAUGAAGGAGUCUACUCGUUGGUUGUCCCCCUUACGGAAAUUUGGUACCCGGCUCUCCUCCUAGCUAAUCCAGAUGCUAGUGACGUCACUAUUCAAGAUGACGAUCGGAUGGAUGUGAGGAUAGUGUUUGAUGGUUCUGUGUACCUGUAUCCCACUGGAAUAAUUGCCUCCUUUUGUGACAUACGCCUACUGUACUACCCGUUUGACAAACAGACUUGCGGUUUAAUCUUCUAUGUGCGGGGUUUUUCAAGUGACGAAAUAGUUCUUGAAGAUGGUGAAUCCUACCUCAGCUCAAAUUAUAGCGGGAACGGAGCGUGGAACCUGAUAAACAAGACCAAGAGCGUAGACGUUUUAUCCAAUGCAAGCACCUAUUUUGCCACUUUUACGUACGAGAUUGAACGCAAAUGGCUUUUCGCGAUGGUUAAUAUGCUUUUUCCGCUCGUUUUCCUGUCAGUUCUCAACCUGCUUGUGUUCGUCCUUCCACCGGAUUCGGGGGAGCGCGUGUCAUUCACUGUUACCAUUUUGCUGGCAAUCGCUGUUUUCCUUACGCUUGUUGGAGAUAGCCUUCCGAAGGUGUCCGAGCCGUUUCCGGUAUUUUGUUACUACCUGCUGGCAAUGCUGUCUCUAAGCACCGCAAUGACGAUAGUCACUAUCGUCAACUUGAGGAUUUUUCACAAAGACCCGAGCAAGAAGCCUCCAGCACUCACUGCUUGCCUCGUGAACGUUCUAAUGUGUUAUUCUUGCACACCGAAAAGAAAGAAAGAAAUAUACAGAACAACGCUUUCGCAGACUAAUGAAACUCAAAUGAACGGAUCGACACACCAAUCAAUUCAAAGUGAUCACGUGGCGAGAAAAACGGUCACAUGGAAAGACGUUAGCCACGCAGUGGACAUUAUGAGCAUUUUGAUAUUUGUGUUAGCAUGUUUAUUCUUAAAUGUGUACUUUCUAUUAUUUCUUCAAGCACAAUAGCUUCAAUUCUUCAGCUUUUUUGAGUUCUGUUUAGUCGUGGCGACGACAAAAUGUUUCUUGAUGACCGUUCACAUCUUAUAGAAGAAUAAGGAAAUCUACAGACAAUAUACUCACGGGAAAUUAUCAGCGCAUAUCAGAUAGUAGAAUUGGGAAAUGUACAGACGUUUGAAAUAUUCUUACAGGAAAACUCCUAUGCAUUUCAGAUAGUAGAAUAGGGAAAUGUCUAGACAAUUGCAAUAUUAACAUCAGAAAGCAUCAGUGCAUUUCAGAAAGUAGUAAAAGAAAAUGUACAGACGAUUGUAAUAUACUCACGAGGAAAACAUCUGUCCAUAUUCAACAGCUUUCAAAUUCGAAAAGUGCGGACCAUCGAUUCCAGAUGUUAAGGUAUCUAUUUCGAACUCUUGGGACAGAACUGCUUUGUGGGGUAAUACACAAUGUGAAGACAUGAAAGGGCCAAACACUUCUUCUAUAUCAGUCGUUAAGUUGAAGCAUAUUUGGGUGUUUAUUUACACAUGCUGAAAUGCUUCUCUUUAUUGUAAAAUAGUUAUUUACAGCGUUUUAUUACAAUAUUUAUUGUUCAUUAAUUCCGCGAAAAACAAUACAUUAGUAUUUCGAUUGAAAUGAAAACAACAUGUGAAUUCUACUAACAGUAACAGUACUGUAGAAUACAUCAACAUAUCAACAAAAGUAGUAAAAACACAGUUCUGGCGCGUUUUGUUUCUUUCCACUAAAGUAGAAAAAAUGGACUGUGACAAAUAUUUUUAAGACAGUUUGAUUGACACACAUGAUUUAUUUUUAGGAAAUCAUACACUAUAUGGUGGAUUUUUACGCACGUUUAGGGGUAAAUAAGAGUUUCACCACUUUUUGGGUAACAGGGGGUGCGGUUGCACACCGAUAUUUCAGAAAAAACAAACAAUAUUAAGUGUGGAUCUCACUAUAUAUCAAAAGUAAACAUUGUUAUGUAGACUGCUUUUACCUUUCACAAAACUAUGCCAAUCUACCAGGGCAAACAAUGAGGUAAAAUGCUAGCUUUAUGUGUUUGUUCUCUCAAGAUAUUAAACAGAUAAACCAUAUUUACAGUGAUCGUAAGACAAGAUAUGUCCAUAUAUGAGUUUAUAAACUCUUAUAAGAAUACUUGUGGAAGACCCCAUUGCUUAGUACUAAUAUAUAUUAUACGUGAAAAACAUGAUUCAUUUAUUUGUACCAUGCACCAUGUUUGCAAUUUCUCAAUAUGUGUAUCAUCUAGGUUCUCGUGCUCUUUUUGUCAUGUUUUUUUUUACUUUGACUUAAUAUAAAUAAACUUGAAAAUCAAAUCGGUUUGUGCGUUUGAAAACAACCAAGCUUGUGAAAGACAAGAAAGAAGAAAACAUGACACAUUAAUUGCCGUUGUAUACUAUGUAAAAUGAAUAACUCAACUAGACGUAGUUAUUUUAGUAAAAUGUGAGAUAGACAAACUACAACAAAAAAGUAAGUUCAGCAAGCAUUACCGAGAGUUUAAAUCCUGAAAUUCCAGCUAUGUAAAUAUAUUCCAUAAAGACAUAAACAAUAUCCUAAAGUUGCUGACGUAUUUUAUCAAUAGUACAACUACAUGUAUUGAGAGUGGCAAACAUAUAUAUUCAAAAUUUUGAUAUUUGUUUCUGAUUUGUGUUUUACCUUUUUACGUGAAUAUUUAUAU